GCUAUUAAACAUUGCUGUUGAAGGUACCGAUAGAAAUAUAAUUCAAGAACAAAACCAAAGUCCCGGAAUUGUAAAGUUGGUCGGAGAUGUCGUCGGCUCAAAUGGAUCCACACGACAAGAUGAGAUCUCGCGACUUGAGUAAAGUUGCGAGAGGCCAACAAGCACCAAGACCAGCUCACGCUCCCGGCACGGUAUCGCCUCCACCACAAAACGAGGCAACUUUUCGAGCUAAGAGAGGAGAAGACGACGGUGGAAAGGAGAAAGAUUCAGAGGCGGAUGAGAUGUUUCCGGUGACUAAUGAAACACGACAUUGUUUCAAUCGAUACAUGCAAUACCAUAAGUGUAUUGAGAAAAAUGGAAGAGAUGCGAAUGAUUGUAACAACUUGAGAGAUUAUGUUCGUUCGAUGUGUCCCGAAGAAUUGGUUGAAAAAUGGGAGGAACAGAGAAAAUCUGGGGCAUUGCCAUCCUCAAUAUGAAGAUUAGAUUAGCUAUAAUCAUACUUGUUUAGUUUUGGUCCUUGUUCUAAAAACACAUGAUAAAUUAAAUUAAGUCAUGUCUAAAACCAUACUUUUGGUUUAACAAAAAAAAAAAAACCAUACUUUUGUGUUU